UGCUGAUAUAUCUCGAUACUCCUUCAGCAUGGAAGGAUCCAAUCUAGUGUGCUCCCCGCAGUCCAUGCUCUUGCUUCCGACUUUCGACAAAGAAAUACCUAAUGCAAGGAUAGGUACCUAGGUACCUUAGGUAGGUCCAUGCCUACCUAGAUGCCUUGCCUCUACCCCAGACACCCACAAUCUCCACCGGUGCCAUGAUCCUUGCUCACCUUGCCUCGUUCAUUUCACCCUCCCCUGACCCUGACCUCAGGCCGUAUCUCACAGGCAAGUAAACCACUUCCACCGCUCUUCACGGUCUCUCGAGAAACCCGUCGUUAUACUCAGCAGUGCCCGACUUGACGGAGAACUGCGUCUCCGAGUCUUUAACUAAGGCAUUUCUCCAGGGCACAACCCUUCUGAACUACUGACAUCAUGUCCUACAAUAUCGUCACUCCGCCCAGGAUGGUGCGGAUCCCGGUGCAUGUCUACGCCCACGACAGCCUGGGGCCGGUACACGGCGACCUUCCUGACAUUAUGUUCCGAGUACUGCUGUGCCAGACGACCACCGUCAGAUAUCUUGUUCAGGCUCUAUGCACGGCGUGGAACCGGAAGCGGAAGCGGAGAUGCUGGCAAAUUGGGAAGAUCCUCGACAAGAACGGCGACGAAUUCGAGUGUGCAAAGGACACCGUAUGGGGAGCCUUGGGUCUCUUGCCAAUCUGUGUCAUGAAGGCACCUCCGGUUUCUCGACCCGAUGUUGAGCCACCUCUGAUCACUCCGGGGGGGCCUGUCGACCCCUCGCUGCACAGCUCUGAGGCGGACGAAGAGGGGGAAGUGUGGUUCUGCAAGGAUUACUUGCCGGUCUCGCCGUCCUCAGAUUACUGCGACCAUCUAUGGGUGGGCGUACCACCAGGGCUCGAGUCGCAAAACGGUGAAGGCGAUGACCAGGGUGAGAGAGAGGAGCUACUCGCUCGGACUAGCGAGGAGACUCGGAAGGCGACACCCCAGACGGCGCCGCAGUCGGAGAAGGAUCAAGGGUCAACUCACCGACACAAGGACCUUGUCAUACUCACGAGGAGUGCUCGUCUUCAGAAGGCUUCGCCUACUAUGGCAAGCUCGCCGUCAGCCGGAACCAGAAGCGCACACGCGAAUGCAGGGACAGGUUGCCAAACGUCCUCGUCGAGCAGACAUUUACCAUCACCCGCGCCGGAUUCGAGACCCGCCGGCUUCAUACACCCGCCGACAGACAUGACUGCUUUUAUGUGGGCCGGAUUGAGUGUGGCCAGCAUGAAUCCAUGGUAUUUCAGCACGUCUGACUUGCCAAGCUUGACAUUUCCGAAUUCCACCUCAGAAGGGGUACCAGAAGGGGGACAGUCUACUGCGGGAAAGGCGAAGGUGGAUCGGUCUCUCAGCACGGCCACCGUUCGCAGCAGAAGAAGAGCUCAUAUCUUCGAUUUGACUGCCGAUAACUCCCCCUCGAGCCAAAGUACCGCCGAAGAGGAAUGGCAUGCAAAGGAGGCAAGCACCGCGCGAAGGAGGAAAGGCAUGCCCCUGACGCCGAUCGAGGUUAGAGGUAAGAGACGGGGACAUCCCAAGAGUAACUCGGACGAUGGGCAUGCACCAGGCUCUGGAAAAGCGUCUAGAGUCCCGGGGGGUAAGGCAGGACCAGGGGCGAAGCGCACGCGACGGGGGAAGAAACCUGAAGCAGAGUGUGGAUAUGAGGGCGGCGUUGAGGCCGAUACCGAAGACGACAUUGAAUCCCGGCUCGCGAUGGCUCGCGAAGAAGCCAAGAGGCAGAGCCGUGAAGCCAACAAGGAGAGAGUGAAGAGAGGUCUAGUACCAGAAGAUAGGGGGCGGAAGGCUAAGCGUCAGAGGUCAAGGAGGUAGGUGGGGGUUGUCCCUUCUGGCUCUGGCAAGAGAGGCAAAGGUUGGUGCUGGGAGGCCGCAAAUGGUGCUGGCUGAUCAGAACUUGCGAGGCACCGGAACGACGGCCAAGGGACUUGCAGGGCAAUCGCGAUUCCAUUCCCAAGACUAUGGCCCGAGCAGGUGGAGUGCUUGAUAUCGAGAAUGGGGGGUGGCUGGAUUUUAGAAUCCUAGAGUAAUCAUCUGAACUGGAAUUGGCUGCACCCUGGCAUGGCAUGGCGGGGCAGGUGGCAACG